AUGGAGACCUUAGGGGGCUACCCUACAAAGUCCUCCAACCCGAAAGCGAAAAGGUUAACGGUCCUGUUGAUGACAGUCGGUGUCGGGUGUUUGUUCCUCCUGCAGACUCAGAUGCUGAAGCCGAGAAAACCAACAGAUUUCUAUUCGUUCGAGGUGAAAGACGCGAAGGGGAGGACGGUGUCUCUGGAGAAGUACCGAGGAAAAGCGUCUUUGGUUGUAAACGUGGCGAGUCACAGCGAGCAGACGGAGGCGAACUACUUCUCUCUGCAGGAGCUCCACCGGGAGCUGGGCACCUCUCACUUCAACGUCCUGGCCUUCCCCUGCGGGCAGUUCGGGGACACUGAGACCGGGACCAGCCGGGACAUCGAGGCUUUCGCCAAGUCCACCUACGGCGUCACCUUCCCCUUCUUCAGCAGGAUCAAAAUAAUGGGCUCAGAAGCAGAUCCUGCCUUCAAGUUCCUCACAGAUUCUGUGCAGAAAAUUCCCAAGUGGAACUUCUGGAAGUUUCUGGUGAAUCCAGAGGGGAAAGUUGUCCGGUUCUGGCGAGCGGACGAGUCCGUGGAGAGCGUUCGACAAGAGGCCACGGCGUUGGUGCGAGGAAUCAUCCUGAAGAAACGGGUGGAGCUAUGAUGGAGAUGGAUACGGGACACAUCUGUGUGUGCUGUGUCGGUGUUUCCUGUGCUUUGACAGCAAGGAAUGACUGAACUCUGACCUGCUACAGUGAGGGUGUUUGGGUGAUGUCUCACUUUCAGAAACAUGCCAGAUGAAAAGAUCCACUUCAAGGCUAGUCGGAGCGUGUGUGUUUGUCUGAGUGUGUGGGGACCAUCCUGUGGUAAAUAUUGACAAUCAUAAUGAACAUUCCUUAAAAUGACCACUGCUGCAGCCGAAGGAUUGUUUAGCCAUUUGGAUUUUUACAAAUGUUUAGUUAGCCUCAAUCUGUACGUUGUACCAUCCCUUUCUAAUGUUUACAUUAAAAUCGAUUUUCUUAUGGUGAAGCAUAACCUUUUAUCCCGUUUUGACUGAUUUGAGCCCAGAAAAUUUCAAAUAAUCCAUCCAACAUAAAAUUAUGUGAUAAAUAUUUGAUUUAGCUAAUGAGCUCAGGACAUUUUGUUCAGUUUCUGUGUUAAAAAAGUGAUAAAUAAAUAAAUCAAUGUUGAUGCCAACGUGCAAGUAAUGCAACACGAAAACAUAUUGGUACUGAUA